AUGCUAGAAAACGAAAAUAGUGGUGUUUCCCGGCCGGCCUCUGGUGGUCUGAUGAGCGUGGGGCACAUCGAGCCUUUCAACCCAGAAAACCCAGCGAGUUGGCCCGUCUAUGCGGAUCGCCUCAAUUUCUACUUAGAAGCAAAUGGAAUAACCGACGAUGUUCGAAAAAGAGCCGUUUUGUUAACAAUGUGUGGGGCAGAAACCUACGAGAUCGUGAAAUCGCUCUUAUCGCCGGAAUUGCCAAGAAACAAAAGUUAUGAAGAGAUCAUUGAAGUACUUGACAAGCAUUUUACUCCGAAGCCGUCCGAGAUUGUGGAACGAUAUUUCUUCUACAGGCGAAAUCAGGAAGAUGGCGAGUCGAUUUCCGCGUACAUGGCGAAGUUGCGCAAGAUGGCGGAGCAUUGCCAGUUCGGAAACACGUUGGAGGUCAUGCUUCGAGAUCGUUUGGUAUGCGGGGCGAAGGACAAGAACAUACAGCGCCGUCUGUUGGCUGAGAGAGAGCUUACCCUGCAGCAGGCAUUUGAGAUGGCUGUAGCGUCUGAGACCGCGUCAACUCAGAUUACAGAGAUUCGAGGGGAACCGACUAAAGGGGAGGUGUCCAAAGUUGCACAUUCCUGGGAUAGAGGGCGUGCGGAGACGAAAACAAGGAGUUUCGUGAAUGUUAUUUGUUUUCGUUGCGGAGGGCGCCAUGAUGCUGAAUCUUGCCGAUUCAGAAACGAAGAAUGUAGAAAAUGUGGCAGAUCUGGCCAUAUUCAAAGAGUGUGCAAAACCAAGAAAACGCCAGAGAGGUCAGAAAAGUCAAAAAAAGCCGUGAAAAAUGUCACCGAAAGAGAAAUGCUGGAGGAUGAAGAAGAAGUCGAGUACCUGUACUCCGUCGAAGAAGCAGUAGUCAAUCACCUGGAAGAAAAUAUUGUACCGCCAACUAAAGUGCGUGUGUUGCUGAACGGUAUCGCGUGUUGUUUUGAAUUAGACUCCGGUAGCGCGUCGACAAUAGUAGACUUUAGACAGUACAAGAAAUUGUGGCAAAAAGGUGGCCCACGAAUCGAGUCGUACGGUAAAAUGUUAAAAGACUAUCAAGGAAAUUUAAUCGAACUGAUGGGUGCGUGUAAAGUUGAAGCGGAAUACGCCGAUAAUCGCGAAACGCUGACUUUAGUAGUGGUCAAAGAAGAUCGCUCCAACAUCCUAGGUCGAAGCUGGUUUGUGCCUUUAGGAUUCAGUGUCAAAGGUGUCAAGCAGGUGUCGAGUGAUAGCGGAAAGGUAACAUCAGUUAUCCAAGAAUUUUCGGAAGUGUUCAAAGACGAACUUGGCGAGUUCAAAGGAAACCCCAUUAAGUUUGUAUUCCAAGAAAACGUCAGCCCAGUUGUACUGAGGGCGCGUAGGGUACCUUUCGCACUAAAACCAAAAAUCGAAGAAGAGUUGGAUAAAUUGGUUCGCCAAGGGGUACUAGAACCAGUGGAGCAUCCUGUGUGGGCAACGCCGAUCGUUCCGGUAAUUAAGAAGAACGGGGACAUUCGCAUUUGUGGUGAUUAUAAAUCUACGCUUAAUAAAUGUCUAAAAUCGAAUCCCUAUCCGAUGCCGACGGUGGCAAAUUUAUUCGCAUGCCUGUCCGAUGGAAAGUAUUUUUGUAAGUUGGACCUGGCACAGGCCUACCAACAACUGAAAGUUGACGAAGAAGCCGCGGAUGCUCAAACUAUCAUCACUCACAAAGGCGCAUAUCGCGUGAGAAGAUUGCAGUUUGGUGUCACGGUGGCCCCGAAUUUAUUUCAGCGUUUUAUUGACACGCGUCUCAACGGAAUCACGGGAGUUUUUCCAUUUUUCGAUGAUGUGCUGAUAGUCGGAAAAACUGAAAUAGAACUGAGUAACCGGUUACACGAAGUUCUUAGGCGUUUCGCGGCCGACGGAUUGCGAUUGAAAGAAGACAAAUGCGUGUUCAACGUGCGGGAAAUCGAAUUUCUCGGGCACCGAAUCGAUUCGCAUGGCAUCCACCCCUCGGAGAAAAAGGUGCGUGCAAUUAAAGAAGCUCCUGAACCCGAAUCCAAAGAACAGUUGCAAGCGUUUUUGGGGAUUUUGUCAUUUUAUAGUGGGUUCCUAAAAGAUCGUGCGACUGUAGCUGAACCACUGUACCGUUUGUUGGACAAGACUAAUACCUGGAAGUGGACAAAUCGCGAAAGAAACGCAUUUGAAGCUGUUAAGAAUUUAAUCGCGUCGGACAAAGUUUUAGUGCACUACGAGGAAUCGAAACCGAUCGUGUUGACUUGUGACUCAUCCAGUUUCGGCAUUGGUUGUGUGUUAGGACAUCGUUGUGAAAACGGUCAAAUCGCCCCUAUCGCGUUUCACUCAAAAACCUUAUCGAAAACGGAGCGUGCAUACGCGCAGCUCGACCGCGAAGCUUUAUCGUUAAUUCUCGGAGUCAAAAAAUUCCACAAUUAUCUCUAUGGCCGACAUUUCGAGCUUCAGACCGAUCAUAAACCCUUAUUGGGAAUUUUAAGCAAGGAUAAACCCGUUUCGGAGAUGCUUUCGCCGCGAAUGUUACGUUGGACUCUUUUCCUGAGUAACUAUAAUUUUAAUUUAGUGUACGUCCCUGGAAAGAAACUUGGGAGCGCAGACGGACUCAGCCGUUUUCCUCUUAAAUCCGAAGAGUCCAAGCAAGUAAGUUACGGUGACGUGCUGAUGAUCGAAAACGCGCCGGAACCGCUGUGGACAGCGGAAGACAUUGAAAAAUUAACAAAAAAAGACAGGGUGUUGUCGCGAGUUCUUAAUUUAGUGCAAAGAGGAUGGCCAGAUAAAGAAACAGACGUGGAGUUACAGCCGUUUUAUACAAAAAGGAACGAGUUGUCGGUCUACCGAAACUGCGUUCUGUUUGGGAAUCGUGUAAUAAUUCCUCUCGAAGGGAGGAAGAAGGUAUUACAGGUUUUGCAUUCCUCACACCCGGGAAUCGUGAAAACGAAGGCCCUAGCCCGCAGUUACGUAUGGUGGCCGAAUAUAGACAUAGACAUAGAAAAGGUUGUGAACCAGUGUGAAACGUGUCAGCAAACUAGACAUUUUCCUGCUAAGGCGCCAAUUCAUCCGUGGGAAUAUUCAAGGAAUCCCUGGAGCCGUUUACAUGUUGACUUUUUUGGACCAAUACAAGGUCAGCAAUUUUUUAUUGUGGUAGACUCGUACACAAAAUGGUUGGAAGUGAAAUGUGUGAAAACAACGUCAUCCGGUUGCGCGAUUCAAGUAUUACGUGAACUAUUUGCUACACAUGGUGUGUGUGACGUAAUAGUUAGCGAUAACGCAACUGCGUUUACCAGCGACGAAUUUAAGACAUUUUGCAAGCAGAAUUUGAUAAGACACGUGACGGUUUCCCCUUAUCAUCCCCGAUCAAAUGGAGAAGCUGAAAGAAACGUCCAAACCGCGAAGGAAUCGCUGAAACGUUUAUCCGGAAAUUGGUCUCUUAAAAUUGCCAGGUUUCUGCACAGACAGCACAUUACGCCGUCGUCUAGCACAGGUUACAGUCCGGCCGAACUUUUGAUGGGACGAAAAUUGCGUUCCUGUUUGGAUAAAUUACAUCCUGAUUUAAUAGGAGAGAAGUUGAAUCGAGAAGUGGAAGAGCGUGUAGAAAACCGGAAAGUUUCAAAAUUUGCUGUAGGUGAACCUGUUUUCGCAAGGGAUUUUUCGGUGAGUCAUCAAAACUGGAAGCCCGCAGUAAUAACAAGAACCACGGGACCACUUAGUUAUCAAGCAGUCGAUAACGAUGGAAAUUCUAUCCGACGGCACGCCGAUCAACUGCGAGGUAGGUCAAGUUUAUCUGCGGUAAGCAAUAACAGAUCGCCGGGGUCAACGCCCGCUGUCGAUCAAUUUGCAUUGGAGCGAGAAGUUUCGCCGCAAACGUUCACUGGGGACCUGCCCUUGGCCGACGAGCCCUUAUGCGAGGAUCCCAGAGCCAGACCGAUACGAGAGCGAAGAGCCCCUUCAUACUUGACGGAUUAUCAGUGCUAA